AUGCCCGCCCUGUGGAGUGGGGACCCCAGCGUCCGGGUCACAGGAACCUCGAGCGUUGGGGCUGCCCCUCGACAGCGCUCCUCUGAGAUCACGCCGGACGCCGCCCUCCUCGCCGACACACCUGGACCGGUCCCAGGGGCCGGGGUUACGGCAGAGCCCCCCACCCCGCUUCUGAUCGGCCCCCCCUUCCCGGAACGGGCGCGGCAGUCCCCUCCCGCCAUGUGGAGGUCGCCUGUCCUACUCCUGCUGGGCCAGGCUUUCGUCUCACACUUUGCCAGCCCCCCCCCACAGGCAGCACCCCACGCACCACUCAGAGAAAAGAAGCCUUUGGGCCACUAUCCCACAGAUGGAAAGGCGGGAGCUCAGAUAGCCCCGGGGGUGGACGUGGCCGGGCUGGUGGCCGGGCGGGCUGGUGGCAGGGUGGUUCUGAUGAUCUGGUCGGCGUUUUGCCAUGUAUUGGGUAAAAAGUACGUCCAGGCUGCGCAGGUCCAUGGCCCUGAACCCGACGUGCCCCUGACCUGCCUCCUGGGACCCCUAAGCCGCUGGCCCCCUCGGGCUGCCUUGUUCCUGGGUGCAGAUGCCGCGCAGGGAUUCUUGGGGCGCCGGCUUCUCUACAAUCACUGGGACUUCGAGCUGGUGACGCCGGGGAACCUGGAACGCGAGUGCUUGGAGGAGGUUUGCAACUACGAGGAGGCACGGGAAGUCUUCGAGAACGACGUUGCAACAAAAGCCUUUUGGGCCACUUAUCCCCACAAUGGGAAAGGCGGGAGCUCAGAUAGCCCCGGGGUGGACGUGGCCGGGCUGGUGGCGCGGGCUGGUGGCGGGCUGGUUCUGAUGAUCAUGGUCGGCGUUUUGCCAUGUAUUGGCGUCCAUGUGCCCCUGAAUCCCGACGUGCCCCUGACCUGCCUCCCUGGCGACCCCAAGCCGCUGGGCCCCCCUGGGCUGCCCUCGUACCAGGAGGCACUGGAGGCGUCAGGUGUCCACGAUGCGCCCCCCCCGCCCUAUCCCAGGGCUCCCAGCUCUUCUGCCCAGCCCCACUGAUCGGACCCACAGCCACUGGAUUGCUGCUACAUGUGUGUGUGUGGGGGCGAGUAUGCAUCCGUGGGACACAAUAAGUGUGUGGUGAAUGUGUGAGACAGUGAGUGUGCAAAGCAUGAAGUGAAAUGGGGUGAAUGUGCAGGUGUGAGUGUGCGGGGUGAGUGUGCAAGGUGAGUGUAUAUGCAUGUGGCACAGGGUGCAUGCAAAGGGGGGUGCAAGGGAGGGGGCACAUGGGACUGGGGUGAGUGUGCAAGGUUGGGGAGUUGCAUAUGAUGAGGCCGUGUAUGUAAGGCACAUGGAUGAAUGUGCCUGGGGUGUGUGAGAGUGAGACAGGAGGGUGCAUGUGAGUGUGAUGUGGGGUGAGUGUGUGAGGACGGGGGGAUAUGUGAUGGGGAGUGGGUAUGCAACAUAUGAGGGAUGUGUGUGAUGGGGAGUGGCUGUGCAAGAUGCACACUCGUUCCACUUCACACACCCCGUGUAAGAUAGGGAAUGUGAUGGGGAGCAAGUGUGCGAGACAUUGGGGCAUGUGUAGUGUGGGACGAGUGUGCAAGGCUAGGGUCAUGUGCAACAGGGAUGGGUGUGUGUACCAGAAACGGGGGCACGUGUGUCGGGGGUGGAUGGAUGAAUGAGACACAGCGGGUCAAAGCGUGCAAGACACAAGUCUGUGUGGAGGAGUGAGGGGGCACAAGCAUGCUGCGUGAUGUGCACACAUGUGACGGGGUAAGUGCGAGGAUGAAGCGAGCGUGCGACACACUGAGUGUGUGUGCAAGGCACAUGCGUGUGCUUGUGCUGUGAGUGGCGUCUGACAGAGUGCGGGGCACAGAGGAGCCGGCUGGGGAUGGCGCUGAUCCACCCGGUCUCCAUCCCCCUGGAGCCGGCUGCACCGGGGCUAGGACCCGCCUCCCGCGCCAGGAUUGUUGUCAGCGAAAUAAAG